AUGCCAGGCAGAGGCCGGGGGGCCCCUGGGGGCCCCAGGGGGGGCCCCCGCAGGGGCCGCAGCAGCAAACCCCAGAGGGGCUGUCGCCAUACCCCCUCAAUAGAAGAGGUGAUGGCGAGGAACGCAGCAGCAAGCAGCUCAGAAGACAGCGAGCAAGAACAAGAGGAAACACAGCAGCAGCAGCAGCAGCAGCAGCAGCAACAUGGGCGCAGAGGACCACUCGCACAGCUGGAUGAUGAAGUGCGUCAGUACAACCACAUGCAGCAGCAGCAGCAGCAGCAGCAGCAGCAGCUGGAGCAGCAGCAGUAG